AAAAAGAUUCGAUACUUUGAACCAACAAUGAAAAAUUCAAAGGCAUCUUUACAAAACUUGGGCUCUGCCUUAACAUACUCCCUUACUUUGAUUACCUUCACAAGACUAAACACCUGAUGAUGCAGUUGUUUUCAGGCUCAAGACAGCUCUGGAUCGAAGAAAAUCAAAAGAUUAUUGAAAAUAUGCAUGAGUGAAUGCAAGUGGUUGAUCUCAGUGAAGGGAAUAUAGAAUGUAUUAAAAAGCUGUUCAAAGUUCCAGAAUCAGUUUCUGAACAUGAGCUAAAAUAGCCAAUCACUGCAAGUUUUAUAGAUUAAUUCUCUAGCGAAUAUGCUUCCUGAACCUACAAGUACUUCAAGUUUCAGGUAAAAAUAAUGGUUGCCUCUGACAAAUAUUCAUUCGGAAACGAAUCAAAGGAGACCAUUGAGCUUCUCAAAAAGUAUUACCCACUAGGAAACCUUCUGGUCGAAUCAGUGACGCUUGUCAGAAGCCCGAAGGCUGUAUACAGCAAGAGCUUAGCUGAAGAAAGCAUGAAAAGAACAAAUGAAGUUGUUGACACGAUCCUUGAAAUUUUAGGACUUGAAUGUCAGCAGAUAAGCAAUUAUAAGUACUUGGUGCCACCGGUAGUCAAGCUUGAGAAACACUACAUCAGAGGACACGAGAGGUUAUAUCUUACCAAAGAUGUAGAUAUUGAUGAAGAACUCUUUGCAUUGGACUAUUAUUCCUUCAUAAAUAUGUUUGAUCGGAUUAUGUGAACUAAGAUAACACAAACAUUAGAGAAAUUCAUUGAGGAGUUUAUUAAUCACGGGAAUUCUCUUCCAGAGCAACUUGAAGAGAUCACUAUAAUAGCUUCAACUCCUUCUUAUGAAGCAGAAGAGGCCAAGGAGCAGUGUGAUGUUACUCAACUGAUGGAUGUGAUAGAACCUCAGCAUAAACUCAAGUUUAUCUUCAAAGAACUUUACUCUUUGCAGAGCAAAAAUAUUUUGGCUAUUUUGUCUUCUCUUAGAAAGGAGGAAGGGGUCCAAGUUCAUGUUGAGUUUACAAAUAGAAAUAAAGACGUGUUCAUUCUUCACUGUUCACACUGAAUGCUCUGCUUCAGUGCUGAAGAUACCACUAAGAUGGCUUAUUUUAAAGAUGUGAGAAUCGAUUGUGGAAUAGAAGACAUUACUUUCUCGAGUGACAAUGAGUAUAUAUUGAUUCCAAGUGCUUCUUCACUCAAAGGGGCAACACUGUCAGAGUGUCCUUCUGAAAGAGAAUCCUCAGCUUUUGCUAUAUUUUUUAAUCCAAUAGAUGAGAGAUCAAGGAUGGUGGCAGUCAAAGUAUCCGAUAUAACCAACUUAUCUUUCAAAUAAACUCAUUGAGAAGCUCUCUAUUCAGCCUGAGGUUGGUGAGAAAGUUAAGGAGAAAAAUAAAACAGGAGUUCUGAUCCAGAAUUGGAUGAAAUUACCCAGUCUUCUAGAGAGUGGGUGCUCUCUAGACCUUUCUUUGAAGAUAAGCAAGCAUGAUUACAAAAUACUGAGAUCUGUUCCUAAUAAUGUUAAGAUAAACAGUUUGUCUCUGCUCAUUCCAAAUACUCUUUAUUCAGGCUACGGAGAUACAGAUGUGUUGAUCGACCAGUUUUCUACCUUACUGGACACUAAGAGAUUAGUCAAACUGACCAUUGAUAACCUCCAGAGUCUGAACACGACAUUCCUGAUGAGAUUUAUUGAGUUCUAUUUUACUGAGAGAGGCAAUAAAUUAACAGAGCUCGUGAUUCAGGGAGAGCCUGACCUCUUUGAGUUAGUUUUGAAUGAUUCUACCAAAAAUGCUUAUACUCUGACUCUAAAACCCCUCAAAAAUGAUUUCCUCAAAUUAUCAACAGAAGACAAAAAACUUAAAAAUCUAAAACACAGAAGGAUCGUUUUCUGAGAUGAAGCUUUUACACGAUGCAGAUGCUGAACUUCAGGAAUGGUCGACGAAAGAUAUAGAUUUUACUCUAACACCCUCAUAUAACCCCU